AUGCGACUUGAAGAGGUGAUCUUCCAGGUCAUCUGUCAGGUCAACAUGCUGGAGCCAACCUGCUCUGAAUCACGCCUCUACGGCCACCUUGCCAACAUCUAUGCUGAAAUGCAGUCCCACCUUCCUCCUCGACAAUCAGUCUACGCCGCCAUCUCUGCCCUUAUCAAGUCUGGUCUCAUCUACUAUUGUGGUAAGUCACAACAGAGCCAUAGUGAAUUAGUGGUAAAUGACAUUGAAGGAUAG